AUGGUCAUUGGCGUUAUAUGUUUAUAUGUGGUAUUUGUGGCUUGGAUUUGUGGAUCGUGGAAUGAUCGUGGAAUCCGUGAAAGUUUAGGAUAUUUUUAGUGUGUUCUGUGAUUUAAUUUACUGAAUGUGUACGGGAUGUUUAUUAUGUAAGCUGGAGCUAGAAGUUUUUGCAGUUUAGUUUGCUGUUGGUAUUUUGGAGUUUGUCCUUCGCUUACAUUUGGGCAUAUGUAGUAGAAAAUCGUUACCAAAUUACUACAAGCCAUGGAUUUUCAAAAUAGACCUGGUGGAAAGACUGGCGGAGGAGGUGUCGCAUCAUGGUCGGAAUCCAAUCGAGACAGACGCGAAAGAUUGAGGCAAUUGGCUUUAGAAACAAUAGAUUUACAAAAAGAUCCUUAUUUUAUGAAAAACCAUUUAGGCUCUUAUGAAUGUAAACUAUGUUUAACUUUACAUAAUAAUGAAGGAAGUUAUUUAGCCCACACUCAGGGUAAAAAGCAUCAGGCCAAUUUGGCAAGGAGGGCAGCGAAGGAAGCUAAGGAUGCUCCCUCAUUACUUCAGCCAGAGAAGCCUAGAGUAGAACCUAAGAAAUUUGUAAAAAUUGGUCGUCCAGGUUACAGGGUGACUAAACAAAGAGAUCCAGAAACAGGACAACAAAGUUUACUAUUUCAAAUUGAUUAUCCAGAGAUUAGUGACCAUGUUUUACCAAGGCAUAGGUUUAUGUCUGCGUACGAGCAGAAAAUUGAACCACCAGAUCGUAAAUGGCAGUAUCUGCUUUUUGCUGCAGAACCCUAUGAAACUAUUGCAUUUAAGGUGCCUAGCAGAGAAGUGGAGAAAACUGAUAAUAAAUUCUGGACUCAUUGGAACAGGGAUACAAAACAGUUCUUUUUGCAGUUUGCUUUCAAAACUGAAAAUAAGAAGCAGCCAACUAUUAUUAAUAGACAAACAAUGAUCACUGGAGUACCACCGCCUCCAAUGCUACCAGUACCACCACCACCAAGACCUCCUAUGUUCAAUCCCAUGCCACCACCACCUCCUAUGAUGAGAGCAGUGAUGCCUGUUCCUCCACCGCAUUAAACUUUAAAUAAACAUUAACUGCACCAUUCAAUUAAAAAUAACCAGUUGCUGUAUUUUUAUGGUUUUGAUUACUGUAAUCAAUUUGUUUUAUGUAUGAAAUAAAAAUUAACUGAUAUUAUGUUCUAUUCCAUUCUAUAUUCUUCUAUACAAUAAACUGAUAUUCAACUCAAACU